UCCUUGGCUUCUCCAGCCAGGAUGGGGCCUGAGCUGAGUGUCCUCCCUGGGCAGGUCCUGGACCCGGAGCUGGAGGUGGCCGACCUCGCCUUCCCCCCUUCCACCAUCUCCGCCUCUUCCCUCAAGAUGCAGGACAAGGAGAUCCGGGCCGUGUUCCUGCGCCUGUUUGCUCAGCUGCUGCAGGGCUACCGCUGGUGCCUGCACAUCAUCCGCAUCCAUCCCGAGCCCGUCAUCCGCUUCCACAAGGUGAGGGCCUCACCCAGGCCGGGCUGGGACAGCUGAGGGCAGGAAACACCC